AAAGGCCAAGAAGAAGAAAAAGAAAAAGAUGGGGAGAGAGUUGAUAUAUUUACCCUGUUUGGCCAUGAUAGUGGUUCAGUUUGGUUUUGCAGGAAUGAAUCUGAUAUCAAAGCUUGCCUUUGACGGUGGCAUGAACCCUUUUGUCCUUGUUGCUUAUCGACAGAUUUUCGGAGCUCUUAUCAUAUCACCAUUCGCUUAUUUCUUGGAGAGGGAAACCAGACCAAGGAUCACCUUUCAAAUUCUUUGUCAGAUUUUCCUAAGCUCCAUAUUUGGGGCGACCCUGAACCAGUUCCUUUAUUUUCUUGGACUCAAAUAUUCUACACCAACAAUCACAUGUGCAUUGAACAAUUUGGUACCAGCAAUCACCUUCAUCAUAGCCAUCCCCUUUGGAUUGGAGAAAAUGGAGAUGAAGAGAAGAUCAGGGCAGGCUAAGGUAUUGGGAACAAUAUUAUGUGUUGGUGGUGCCAUGUUUAUGUCAUUUUACAAAGGAAAGCUUAUCCCUAUGGUGGAAUCAAGCAUCCAUUGGAAAUAUGCUGAGAAGAUGCAUCAGAGUGAUUCUAGCAGUGAAUCCAACUUGUUCUUGGGGCCCUUGCUUGUAGUUGCAAGCUGCAUUGCUUGGUCACUAUGGUUUAUAAUCCAAGCUAAAGUGAGCAAGGGAUUCGCGGCUCCAUACUCAAGCACAGCAUUAAUGUCUUUCAUGGCAAGCAUUCAGUGUGGAGUCAUUGCAGUAUGUGUGGAACACAGUAUCUCUGGAUGGUCUUUAAAAUCCAAUGUUAGACUUAUUGCAGCUUUAUACUGUGGAGGCAUGGGAUCUGGAAUUGCUAUUUGCCUCAUGUCAUGGUGUAUAGAAAAGAGAGGUCCUCUCUAUGUUUCCAUGUUCAGCCCUCUAUUGCUUGUCAUUGUUGGCAUAAUGGGUUGGGCAAUACUGAGCGAGAAAUUAUAUUUGGGAAGUGCUUUAGGGUCUGUACUGAUAGUUGUGGGACUCUAUUCUGUUCUAUGGGGGAAGGAGAAAGAGAUGGAUCAGAUAAACAGAGAAAAUGAGUUGGGAUUAGGAGAUCAGACUGAAGAGAAAGAAGAUGUGGAAUUACCCAGGUAUUCCAAUGCCAGAUAG